GGGAGCCAAGAUGGCGGCUAUUCCUUGGUGGAUGUGGCACCACAGGAACUAUUUAAUCCUAUUCCUCACCCCACUGGUGUUCCUGCCCCUGCCCAUCGUCAUUCCCACGUCGGAGGCGAAAUGUGGCUACGCCAUCAUCCUCAUGGCGCUGUACUGGUGCACAGAGUGCAUGCCACUAGCCGUGACCGCCCUGCUGCCCGUGGUCCUCUUCCCCCUGAUGGGCAUCAUGAAGGCUGGAGAUGUGUGUGUUGAGUAUCUGAAGGACUCCAACAUGCUGUUCAUUGGAGGCCUGCUGGUGGCCAUCGCUGUGGAGGAGUGGAAGCUCCACAAACGCAUCGCUCUCAGGGUGCUGCUGCUGGUGGGAGUGAGGCCCGCCCUGCUGAUGAUGGGCUUCAUGCUGGUGUCCGCCUUCCUGUCCAUGUGGAUCAGCAACACGGCCACCACCGCCAUGAUGCUGCCCAUCGCCCAGGCCGUGCUGGAGCAGCUGGCCGCCACCGAGGCCGCCGCCGACGAGCGGGAGCUGCGGGCGGCCAGGGACCCCGGCCAGGACAACCAGGGCUACGAGCUGGAGGCCCCCCGGGGCCACGCGCUGGAGGAGAAGGGCUCGGAGGGGGGCAAGGUGCCGCUGGACGAUGGUACGCUUCAGGAGUCGGAGUUGGACUCCAUCCUGGAGAAGAUGAGGGUGGAGCGGGUGCAGAAGUACGCUACGCUGACCAAAGGCAUGUGUCUGAGUGUGUGUUACUCUGCCAGCAUCGGAGGCACAGCCACCCUCACCGGCACCACGCCCAACCUCAUCCUCAAGGGACAAGUGGACAAGAUCUACCCCAAUAACGGUGACAUCAUCAACUUUGCUAGCUGGUUCGGCUUUGCCUUCCCUAAUAUGGUCAUCAUGCUGGUGCUUUCCUGGCUUUGGCUGCAGCUGCUGUUCAUGGGCUUCAACUUCAAGAAGUCGUUUGGCUGCGGCAUGAGCAGCGAGCGGGACAAGGAGGCGUACGGCGUGAUGCGGGCGGAGUACAAGAAGCUGGGCCGCAUGGCGUUCGCCGAGGGGGCGGUGCUGGCCGUCUUCAUCACCCUGGUGGUGCUGUGGUUCACCAGGGAGCCCGGCUUCAUGGACGGCUGGGCCACCGUGCUCUUCAACACGGACGGGCAGUUUGUGACGGACGGAACCGUCGCCAUCUUUAUGUCCAUGCUAUUCUUCGUCAUCCCGUCGAAGCUGCCCCGCUUCGGAGACUAUGGUUUCUCUGCAGAAGGUAAGAGGAUCAAGGCUCCACCCACGCUGCUGAACUGGAAGGUGGUGCACGAGCGCAUGCCCUGGAACAUCAUCCUGCUGCUGGGAGGAGGCUUCGCCCUGGCGGCAGGAAGUGAGGUGUCGGGCUUGUCCCUGUGGCUGGGAGAGAGCCUGGCUCCUCUGAAGAGCAUCCCCCCCUUUGCCAUCUCCAUUAUCCUGUGUCUGCUGGUGGCCACCUUCACAGAGUGCUCCAGCAACACGGCCACCACCACCCUGUUCCUGCCCAUCCUAGCCUCCAUGGCCACCGCUAUUAAGAUCCACCCUCUCUACGUCAUGGUCCCCUGCACCGUCUCCGCCUCGCUGGCCUUCAUGCUGCCAGUGGCCACGCCCCCCAACGCCAUCGCCUUCUCCUUCGGAAACCUGCGCGUCAUGGACAUGGUGCAGGCGGGCUUCAUGCUGAACAUCAUCGGGAUCCUCACCAUCAACCUGGGCAUCAACACGUGGGGAUACGCCAUGUUUGAUCUGGGCAACUUCCCGGCCUGGGCCAACACCACUCAGAGCGUACCUUGAGCUCAGUGCUGUGGCUCUGGGGGGUCCCACUCCCAACCUAAACAUUCUGUCAUAUGCCUCCUUGAGCAAUGUGCCCAAACCCUACCUCCUCCUUAAGGAAACACAUCUUUAAAUUUAAUAUAUAUAUACCAGUAGCCUUUAAGGGUCUCAGAAAGAGGGAGGGGCUAGAGAGACAGAAGCACUUAAAACGCACACGGUUCCUCCAGUUCUCUGAUAGAACCAAUCACAAGCAUGAUUUCAGGAUAACAAAUCAUGUUAAUAUAACCUCAUACAUUAUACAUAAAUACAUAAACAGAACUUUAUUCAGACAGAAAAUAUGGCAUACAAUAUGGUAAAUAUAUUUAUUACUCCAAAGGGUGUAUUGGUACAGUGUACUUUGAAUGUGCUUGUUGAUUUGAUUUAAGCUAUGAUUUUAUUUAGCUAUUUUGUGUAUUAACAAUGUUCAAAGUCCACAUGCAGAAGUGUUUAUAGCCCAGGUCCGCUGUUAUGAUGGCAGUAUGAAAUAUUAAAGGUUAUCAGAUCACAGCCAGUGGACUUUGCUCAAGUAAGCAUAAUGUCGCAAUGAUGAAUAAAGCAGAAAUAUUUUUUUCUAAGUUUAA